AACCCUUCAAAUGGUGAUAAAUCAAAUGUUAAAGUGUUGGUUAGGGUCCGUCCAAGGAUCGCAAGAGAAGUUGAACUGAACUCAUCAGUUUUGGUUAAGAUGAAGGGUGACAUCACACAACUACACAAUCCAAACCCAGUGGAAUUUUCAAGUCCUGCCAAAGUGAGGAAGACAACAGAUGAAUUCAAUGAUAAAACUUUUACAUUUGACCACUCUUUAUGGUCAGUUAGCAAAGAAGAUCCACAUUUUAAAUCACAGGAAGAUACAUAUGGAUUAAUUGGGAAAGAGAUACUUGAGCAUACAUUGAGUGGUUAUAAUACUUGUAUAUUUGCAUAUGGUCAAACUGGAUCUGGUAAGUCCUAUACAAUGAUGGGGAGUGAGCAAGAUCCUGGUAUCAUACCAAAGACAUGCGAAGAUUUAUUCCAAGAGAUUGCAAAAUUUGAUAUUAGACAAAGGGCACAGGUUAAAGUUUCUUAUUUUGAGAUUUAUAAUGAACAAGUUAGAGACUUGUUGGUUGCAAGUGAUAAACCAUUAAGAGUGAGAGAAGACCCUAAAACAGGACCAUAUGUUGAUCAAUUGAGUGAAUUUCCAAUUGAAUCAUUUGAAGAUUUCAAAAAGUUCAUGAAAGCUGGUAAUGAAAACAGAACAGUUGCUUCUACAAAGAUGAAUGAUCAAUCAUCAAGAUCUCAUGCUGUGUUUACUAUUUAUGUAAGAACAACUGAAUUUAACAAUAAUGAAGACUUGGUGAAAGAGAGGGUCUCGUGUUUAAGAUUAGUUGAUCUUGCAGGUUCUGAAAGAGCAAAUUCCACUGGUACUUCAGGUAUACGGUUCAAAGAAGGUUCAAAUAUUAACAAAUCUUUAACCACAUUAGGAAGAGUUAUAUCUGCACUUUCUGAUGGACAAAAACCACCAUAUAGAGAUUCAACCUUAACAUGGAUCUUGAAAGAAAGUUUAGGUGGUAAUAGUAAGACUGCAAUGAUUGCAUGUAUCUCACCUUGUGAUUAUGAUGAAACUUUGUCUACUUUGAGGUAUGCAACUAUAGCAAAGAAGGUCAAAUUAAAUGCUACAAUUAAUGUGGAUGAAAUUACAAAUUCGGAGCAUGCUGAGGAAUUGGCAAGAAUGAAGUUAGAGAUUGAAAACUUGACAAAUUCAUUGAAUGAAGCA